AUGGCGGGUUUGAUCUUGGUUCCAUAUCAAAUCUGGAAUGAGAGAAAUAGGAGGCGGUUUGAGGGGCAGGGGAAAAAUUCAAUUGUCAUACAACAUCUCAUUAAAGUGGAGCUUAGAGAUGCCUCCUCACUAAUGAAAUGCUUAAUCAAAUCAGUACAGGACUUACUGAUUGCUCAUCAGAUUGGCACAAACUUCCCUUACACUCAGGCAAAUAGAAUCAUUGAGAUUCGGUGGAGGAAACCGAACGUCAACUGGGUAAAACUCAAUAUUGAUGGAUGUUCGAUGGGGAACCCAGGUCACUCAAGUGCUGCUGGGAUUUAUAGGAAUUCCCAGGGACAGCCUAUUGGCAGCUUUGCUCAGUACUUGGGAAUUACUACAAAUCACUAUGCAAAAUUUUCAGCCUUUUUUAUAGGAGUACAGAAGGCAAAGGAAAAAAACAUUAAUCAUUUGUGGAUUGAAUGUGAUGCUGAAGUAAUUGUGGCGGCGGUCAAGAAGGAGAACAUCCCUUGGAAAUUCAAGCAAGCUUGGCUUGGUGCGGCACACUAUCUCUAA